UAUCUCUUCCAAUCUCAUUGGACUAAAUCUCCCCACAUCAGCACACAAAAUCCCAUAUCCCCAUACCUCAUUCUGUGGCCUUUUCUUGCAUAUGAUCUGAUCAUCUAACAUCGACACAGUUGACAGUUCCACCCCAUAACCACCAUUGAAAUGGCUGCAACUGCUGCUGCGGCUGUAGCCGCCUCAUUUUCGACCUCCAUGCAAAGCCUGAAAUGUUUAACCUCCUCAAAAAGUUGGGCUUGUGAUCAUUUUGUAAAAGUAUCAUCCAAUAGAAUUUUACAACCUGCAUCAAUAGCUCACUCUCUUUGGAUUGAAUUAAAUCCCAUUGGUGCUAUAUGUGGGAAGUCGAGGGUGCCUCGAUUAACGGCUGCUGUGGCACAAGAAGAGGCGGUCGAGGCAGCUCCGGUGGAGGAGGGGGAGGAGAAGGCUGAAAAUGGAGAGACAAAUGAAGGAGAGGCUGCUGAAACUGCUACUGCGAACCCUAAGCUUUACAUUGGAAAUUUGCCUUAUCUUUUUGAUAGUGCUCAACUUGCUGGAAUUAUUCAAGAAUAUGCUAGUCCAGAGCUGGUUGAGGUUCUCUACGAUAGGGAUACCGGAAAAAGCAGAGGAUUUGCAUUUGUGACCAUGAGCAGCAUCGAGGAUUGCCACAAAGUCAUCAAAAAUUUAGAUGGAAGUGAAUAUGGCGGUCGAACCUUAAGGGUGAAUUUCUCCGACAAACCUAAACCAAAAGAGCCCUUGUAUCCAGAAACUGAUUAUAAACUUUUUGUGGGAAAUCUAGCCUGGUCAGUCACAUCAGAAAGUUUGACACGGGCAUUUCAAGAAUAUGGAAAUGUCGUUGGAGCGAGAGUUCUAUAUGAUGGUGAAUCAGGAAGGUCUCGUGGCUAUGGAUUCGUAUGCUAUGACACUAAAGCUGAGAUGGAAACUGCACUCCAAGCCCUCAAUGGAGUGGAAUUAGAGGGGCGUGUAAUGCGUGUUAGCCUAGCGCAAGGGAAGAAACAAUAAGAUGAAGGGAAGAUUAGUGCACAUUCGUUGAACGUCUAGAAUACGAUUGAUUAGAGAAACGGAAAAUUAUAAGGAUCUGCCUCUGCUGCAAAUGCAACUAGUUGAUACAGGAAUGCUUUUGAUUUCUUGUUUUACUGAUACUUGAUUUUUCUGCAGAACCACUUUGUAAGGAAAUUUCAGGUACAUGUAUUCCCUUUGUUUGAGCCUGGAGGUAAUCCAAUUUUGUGUUGGAUGUCAA